CUAUUAAUACGCAAAGGAUAACGAUAACAUAUGGUAUCAACAACGUCACUUUAAGAAACGAUACAAACUAGUAAUUUCAGCAUGCAAUGCAACUUGCUCGAAACAAUAAUGAAUAAAAUCUUGAGUAGAUAAGUGGGAUCUUGAAUUCCGACAGGAUAUACACAUUGUUGAUUUUUGAUUGGUUUCUACAAUAACUAAAGCCAUAUUUAAAAGACUAAUAAUAACAUAUACAUAUAAAAAAGUCGAUAACGCCGAUCGAACCCGGCGAAAAGUCCAGUGGCCCAAUCGAUACGUAUUCGGCCAGGCUAGAUUGUCAGAACAAGACGAUGUCGUUUUCUUCCCGUGAAUACCACGCUCCAAUAACCUUCUCUAUACGACAAAAGCCACUAGCCUUGUCUCUAUUUCUCUCUCCACGAGAGAAAAAAACGAGAGACUUUCCACGUUCGUCGUUUCUCUUCUUCCUCUAUAUAUAUUACACUUCAUCAUUUCGUUUUCCUUUUUUCUCUUCUUCUCUCUCUCAACAUUACCUCGCCGGCCGAGUUCUUCUCCGUCUUUAAAGAUCUAUACUGAAAACGAAGUUUGUCAUUCCCCAUGGAGGAUCUCCGAGUAAACUCACAAAGCUCGUUAUCAGAUGUGGACGACCUAUCUCGGUUACUUGACCGGCCGAGGCUAAACAUUGAACGCAAAAGGUCGUUCGACGAGAGGUCGUUCAGCGAAAUGGGAAUCAUGGACAGCGGCAUCAAUUCUCCCGGUGGCCGGUCGGGAUGGGAAACUCCAGCUUCGUCCACUAGAAACUCGUUCGAGCCUCAUCCUAUGGUCGCCGAGGCUUGGGAUGCUCUACGCCGAUCAUUGGUUCACUUCCGUGGCCAACCUGUUGGUACUAUCGCUGCCUACGACCAUGCUUCUGAGGAAGUCUUGAACUAUGACCAGGUUUUCGUAAGAGAUUUUGUUCCAAGCGCACUAGCUUUUCUAAUGAAUGGAGAGCCAGAGAUAGUCAAGAACUUUCUCCUCAUGACAAUUCAAAUCCAAGGAAGGGAGAAAAGAAUCGACAGGUUCAAGCUCGGAGAAGGCGCCAUGCCUGCUAGCUUCAAGGUCAUUCACGACCCGAUCAAGAAAACAGACACGGUCAUCGCUGACUUUGGAGAAAGUGCGAUUGGAAGAGUGGCUCCGGUUGACUCAGGUUUCUGGUGGAUCAUUCUCCUCAGAGCCUAUACCAAAUCCACUGGAGACCUUUCUCUAGCUGAUACACCUGAAUGUCAAAAGGGUAUGAGACUCAUUUUGUCUCUUUGUCUCUCCGAAGGUUUUGAUACUUUUCCGACAUUGCUUUGCGCUGAUGGCUGCUCCAUGGUCGAUCGAAGAAUGGGGGUUUAUGGAUACCCGAUUGAGAUCCAAGCUCUCUUCUUCAUGGCUCUACGAUCAGCAAUGUCGAUGCUAAAGCACGACACUGAAGGGAAAGAGUUCAUGGAGAGGAUAUCUAAGCGUCUACACGCGCUUAGCUUCCACAUGAGAAGCUAUUUCUGGCUGGACUUUCAGCAGCUCAACGACAUUUACCGCUACAAGACGGAGGAGUACUCGCACACGGCUGUAAACAAGUUCAACGUCAUCCCUGACUCGAUCCCUGAGUGGGUCUUCGACUUCAUGCCUCUCCGUGGCGGCUACUUUAUAGGAAACGUUAGUCCAGCUCGUAUGGACUUCAGGUGGUUCGCUCUUGGCAACUGUGUAGCCAUCCUUGCUUCCUUAGCCACGCCUGAGCAGUCUGCGGCGAUCAUGGACUUGAUCGAGGAACGGUGGGAAGAGCUGGUCGGAGAGAUGCCGGUUAAGAUUUGUCAUCCGGCUAUUGAGAGCCAUGAGUGGAGGAUCGUUACUGGUUGUGACCCUAAGAAUACUCGGUGGAGUUACCAUAACGGAGGUUCUUGGCCAGUGCUUUUGUGGCUAUUGACAGCAGCGUGCAUAAAGACGGGACGGCCACAGAUAGCGAGACGAGCCAUCGACCUGGCGGAGUCACGGUUGUUGAAAGACGGUUGGCCGGAGUACUACGACGGAAAGUCGGGAAGGUUUAUUGGAAAACAGGCGAGGAAGUUUCAGACAUGGUCCAUCGCUGGUUACUUGGUCGCCAAGAUGAUGUUGGAAGAUCCUUCUCAUCUUGGAAUGAUCUCCUUGGAAGAGGACAAACAGACCAAACCUGUCAUUAAGAGAUCUCAUUCUUGGACUUGAUAAUGCUUGUCAAUCUUUGAGAAUAUUCGGCUAAGACUUGUUAGUUUCUAAAUUUUGUUUUACAAUUUAUUUAGUUCGUGUUUAAUUAUCCUAUGUCUUUUCACUUUUCCCCUACAAACUCUGAGCACAAUCAUUCUUUAUGUUAGUAAUAUUGAGGGUUACUCAAUUAGUAAUGGGACAUAUUUUCUGCUAA